GUGGCUUCGGCCCUGGUCCGGAGGGCAAAGACCUCGAAGACAUCUUGGCUUGGACGUUAGACGACUGGGAGAAUCGGCACAACUACAUCCAGUGGCUCUUCCCCACGGAUGAGGAGUACCACCCUGAAGCCCCGGUGCUGACACCGGAGAUUCAGGAGCAGAUGCUGGUCGAUUCGGCAGUUGAGGACAGUUUGAUCCGGUCCUUGGAGAAGUUCAU